AUGACGUCCCUCAAGAGCGCCGCGCAGGAGCUGCGGGGGGCGGCGGCGGCGUUGGCGGAGUCACGCGGGCUGCAACCCGACGCGCUGCCGUGCCGCAGUGACGCCCUGCUGCUGCUCGCGGCUGCGGCACUCAAAGCCGUUGAGGCGGACGCCGCCGGCGCCGCCAACGUUGUCGCCGCCGCACGGGAGGCGCGGCGGCUGCUGCGGCCGCAUCUUCCCCGCCCGCAGCAGCCGGAGGCGGAAACGGCGGCGGCGGCGGCCGGCCGCAAGCGCGCACGGGCCACGGCGGAGGACGCGGAGGACGCGGAUCUCGGGCAGUACUCCCACGCACACGCGUUUGACGGCGACGCGAGGCGGCGCGCGAAGUUCGCCCGCCUCAUGGGCGGCGGGAAGGGCGAGGAGUCGCACCACAACACCUUCGCCGCCGACGCCAGCACCGUCAAGCGCAUCAACGGCGAACUCGAGGAGCAGUUCAACACGGCGCUUUCCCACCACGGCAAAAAAGGACUUGGCGCGUAG